AUGUUACAAGUGAAUAAUGAAGUGUUAAAAAUCCUGGAGGAAACGAUGAAAGUAACAGAUCGAGGAUUGAUUGAAGCUAAAUUUCAGCUGGCUGAUACAAAUCAUGAUGGGCGAAUUUCAUUUGAUGAAUUUAUGAGCAUGAUAAAAGAAUCGUAA